GCCCCGGGUAGCACCGGCCGCGCCACCGGCACCGGCCCGCAGGGCAGGCGGCAGCGGCGGCGCGCCCGCUGGCAGCGCCCGGCUCCGCCGCGUGCAGUAACAGCCCCCUCCGGCCACGCCGGCCCCCGCCUGCCUUCCGCCGCCUCCCGCCGCCUGCGAUGCUCAGUCAUGAAACGCGUACGCACAGAACAGAUUCAGAUGGCAGUGUCCUGCUACCUCAAGCGCCGUCAGUAUGUGGACUCGGAAGGUCCCCUAAAACAAGGGCUGAGGUUAUGUCAGACUGCUGAAGAGAUGGCAGCUAAUCUCACAGUCCAAUCUGAGUCUGGUUGUGCCAACGUUGUGUCUGCAGCUCCCUGCCUGGCAGAGCCACAGCAAUAUGAAGUACAGUUUGGACGAUUACGCAAUUUUCUGACAGAUUCAGAUUCUCAACACAGCCAUGAAGUGAUGCCUCUUCUAUAUCCCCUCUUUGUCUACCUCCAUCUGAACAUGGUCCAGAAUGGUCUAAAAAGCACAGUGGACAGUUUUUACAGCCGCUUCCAUGGCAUGUUCUUGCAGAAUGCCAGCCAGAAGGAUAUCAUUGAACAGUUGCAGACUACCAUGACUAUUCAAGAUAUCCUGUCCAACUUGAAGCUCCGGGCCUUUCUGGACAACAAAUACGUCAUCCGCCUUCAAGAGGACAGCUACAACUACCUUCUUCGCUACCUCCAAAGUGACAACAACAAUGCCCUGUGCAAAGUCCUGACCUUGCACAUUCACUUGGAUGUGCAGCCCGCCAAGAGGACUGACUACCAGCUCUAUGCUGGUGGGAGCUCCUCACGCAACGAGAGCAAUGGCCUGGAACCCAGCGACAUGCCAGCUUCCAUUCUGCAGAAUGAGGCAGCGCUGGAUUUACUGCAGGACAGCAUUAAACGUGUCAAGGAUGGGCCCCCUUCCUUAACCACCAUCUGUUUCUAUGCCUUCUAUAACACAGAGCAGUUGCUGAACACUGCAGAGAUUUCACCAAAUAGCAAGCUGCUUGCUGCUGGGUUUGAUAAUUCAUGUGUGAAGCUGUGGAGUCUGCACUCCAGGAAGUUGAAAUCUGAGCCCCACCUUGUUGAUGUGUCCCGCAUCCGUUUGGCUUGUGACAUCCUAGAUGAGGAGGAGGAAGAGGAUGACAAUGCAGGCACAGAAAUGAAGAUCCUGAGAGGGCACUGUGGACCUGUGUAUAGCACAAGGUUCCUUUCAGACAGUUCAGGACUCUUAUCUUGUUCUGAGGACAUGUCCAUCAGGUACUGGGACCUCAGAAGCUUUACAAACACUGUGUUGUACCAAGGACAUGCCUAUCCUGUCUGGGAUUUGGAUAUUAGCCCCUGCAGCCUGUACUUUGCCAGCGGUUCCCACGAUCGCACUGCAAGGCUCUGGUCGUUUGAUCGGACGUACCCGCUGCGAAUAUACGCGGGCCAUUUGGCAGAUGUGGACUGCAUCAAGUUCCACCCCAAUUCCAACUACUUAGCGACAGGCUCCACGGACAAAACAGUGCGCCUGUGGAGCACUCAGCAGGGCAACUCAGUGCGGCUUUUCACCGGGCACCGGGGCCCUGUGCUGGCGCUCGCGUUUUCCCCCAAUGGUAAGUACCUGGCAUCGGCAGGUGAAGACCAGCGGCUGAAGCUGUGGGACUUGGCAUCAGGAACUCUUUACAAAGAACUGAGGGGGCACACAGACAACAUAACCAGCCUUACUUUUAGCCCUGACAGUAGUUUAAUUGCUUCAGCAUCGAUGGACAAUUCAGUUCGGGUCUGGGACAUUCGGAACACUUACUGCAACGCCCCUGCGGAUGGGUCUUCCAGUGAACUGGUUGGUGUAUAUACUGGACAGAUGAAUAAUGUACUGAGCGUACAGUUUAUGGCCUGUAAUCUUCUUCUAGUGACUGGAAUUGCACAAGAAAAUCAGGAACAUUAAUUUUGCUUUUUGUCUUAGGGAAGCAGGUGGGUGUCUUGUAUGGCAGAGUCCAUUGCAAACUGAGAUUACUGACUGUGAAACACUUCCUCUGCCCCCUUGAAAGGCAUGUUCAGAGUGAUGCAAAUGCUUUAAGAUGUCGCAAAAAUGCCUGUGCUAUUGAACAGCAAAAUGAAAAAAAGGAGGAUUGAUGAAAAUAUACAUUCUAAUUUUGUACUUUUAGGAAUGGGAAAAAGGGGAGUAAAUCCAGUAACUUAGGGAAACUGAAAGCCUGGCCUAGACAAGUGAAACUGCCAACCAGAUAAGCUGGUGACCUGCACUUAAAUAUCCUUUAUUGAUUGAUGGGCACAUCUUAUCUACGGUUAAUUUGGCUUGAGUGUGUGGAGAACUACUGGCCCAGUGGUUUUUGUUUUGUUUUGCUUUUGCUUUCCUGGUAUUGCAGAGGACCAGCAUUUUUAAGACCCUUCUAAUUAAAAGAACAUUAUGUAUUUUCUAAUAAAAAGAACAUUAAAAGAACAUUAUGUAUUUUCUAAUUAAAAGAACAUUAUGUAUUUUCUACAGUGAUAGUGGUCCUAAAUAUUUCAGCUCCCUAUAGCACUUCGGGAAUAUUUUGGACUAAAUAAGUAGAAAAUACCCUUGUUCUUUUUCAGUAAGGCAAGGAAAUCUGACCUCAGUUGGGGCCCAUCUCUGCAUUGUUCUUUGGGUUUGGUUCCUGAUACUAGCUGUGACUAUGUGUAUUUAUGUUCCAUUAAUUAGGAAAUUUUCUGACUCUGGUUGCACUGUGUUUUGAGGAAGGGAGAACAGUGGGGACAGAGUGGUGGCUUUAAGGAUAACGAUUGCCUUGUCUGGAGGGAAGGCACCAUAGAACGGAAACGGCCAAGUUUGGACUCCUAAUGGAAACGGGGCAUGGCAACUCACCACUGCACCUCACAGAAAGAUUUCCAUAAAUGGAAGUUGGCAGUCUGGGGAGAGGAGGAUGAGGAGAAACACACAAAGUGACAUGGGAAAAAAUAGUAUUACUAAAUUAUUGUGUGUACACAGAGGCAGCUCUGCCAGUGUUGGAUUUUUCUCAAAUGUUGCAAUACAGUUUCAUGAACAUUUUGUGAGAUAUAUCAUCAGCAUUUACAAGGAUCUGCAGAAAAAGCACGUUCUAGUUUGUCAUUUGGAGAGAUUAAAUAUUUCUGCUUUCUGGAAAGA